AGAACAGAAGAAGAAGAAGAAGACGGAUGCUAGAAAGUAUGACAAGAUGGCGGAUCGGGAAACAGAAGACGAUGUUAGGCAGCCUUCGCAUUCUGGCGCAGGACCUCUAAAAUUAUCCGACUUGUUAGAUCGUGGAUGGAAGAUAUUCGAGGAGGCUGACAGCACAAACGAACCGCUCGGCUCUGAAAGUGUCCAGAUCAAAGUGAAACGCGGCCUGAACAUGUUGGAAGAAGCGUCCAGGAUGGUGGCUCAGCUCGACCUGUUCAGCCGCAACGAGGAGCUCGAUGAGAUAGCAACGGCGGACCUGAAGUACCUGCUGCUGCCCGCCCUGCUCGGAGCUCUCACCAUGAAGCAGACCAGACAGGACAAACGGCUGGAGACCGUGCAGGCGGCCCGGGCUUACUUCAUGGAUUUCUUGAGGAGAUGUAAAGAGUACAACGUACUGCCGUUUGAACUACCGAAGUUGACCAGUGAAAACACAAGUCCCGAGGAGGCAUCAGAAGAUGGAUUCUCCGCACUGACGUCUGUCCCCCACUCAUCAGACCUGGUCUUCAUGGCGGCACAGAGACAAGCUAAGAUUGAGCGGUACCGACAGAGGAAGCAGCUGGAAACCAGACUGUCGGAUGUUCGCAGAGCUGUGGAUAGCGGACAAGCUGACGAUGAGGUCAGCAGAGAUUUUUACCUUCUGAACGUCAAGAGAUGGAUCACUGUGUGUCUGGAGGAAAUAGAGAGCAUCAACCAGGAGGAGGAGAUCCUCAAGAAGAUGGGUGGCCUGAAGCAGGGUCCCGCCAAGCCGCCUGCUCAGCCAGCCAGGCCUCCUAUGAAACCCUUCAUUCUCACCAAGGAUGCUGUACAGGCUCGGGUGUUCGGGCAUGGUUAUCCCAGCCUUCCCACCAUGACAGUAGAUGACUGGUAUGAACAACACAGGAAACGCGGAGGCCUGCCUGACCAGGGGAUCCCCAGAAGGAUUGCUGUGGAGGAGGACACUGAUGCAAAGGAGAGGGAAGAAGAAGAAAAAGAGAAAAAAGCUGAAAACGAUGAUGAGGAGUCUCUCCUGAAAGCCAGAAACUGGGAUGACUGGAAAGACAGUCAUCGCAGAGGUUAUGGAAACCGCCAAAACAUGGGGUAACUGAUCCCAAGACAGUUUGUGUCCAAACAGACCUGGCUUUCUUAACUUAAAUUCUAAUAAGUCUUGGAAGUGGAUAUUUAUCAUAAUUGUGAUCUUUAAAACCAUUGGUAUGAAGAAACCGCAUCACUAGCACACCUGUCGAGUUUCGUGCAGGUGGACACUACAGCUCACUCACUCACGUUAUGUCAUUUACGAGGCUGGACGUCGGGACCACAGCCAUGUUUAUGAGUGAGUCUCAAUGAAAAUCUAAAAUUUGUGUGGACUGCAAAGCGCCCAGCCAUGAUGCCAGUUUCCCUGCUCUGUAGUGUGUAUUCCUCUAAUGCGGUCACUCAAAAAUAAAGACUGUGAUCCAAGCACGAGCCAAGAAAAUCAGUUGCGUACAGAAUAUAGUAAGAAUAUGUCCAGUCAGUGACACCGUCAUGAUGUACGUGCUCUGUUGUCAGCUUGUCCUUUCUCCUCAGGCCAAAGAUUGACCUCAUGGUGAAAUGGAAGUGAGAGGGUCUUAGCCUGCACAAAAUACAAAGUAAAUUGUUUGUCAUUGUAUUGUACAGUAUAAACAUACAAAGACCAUACGCAAGUAAUACACAGGUAUGUCAGUCUGAAUAUAUGGAUGAUAUUUAGCUACAGGAGGGAUUUGAAUCUCUCAAAUGAGAUUACUUGGUUCAGAUGAGGUUUCGGAAUUAUAGGAAUGUCCUAGCAAACGGGACGUCCCCUCGACAUUUACAGGAUGUUUAUGAUCAGGAUCUCAACUUGUUCAUGAUAAAAGCCUGUUCAGUUUGUUUUCCAGUGUUAUCAAUAAAUAAAAAGUUCUAAAAAAUAA